CGCCCCCCAACCCUCCGCCCGAUGGGGACCCCCUCCGGGGGGCCUGGGCCUGCCAGACUUGCACCUUCCUCAACACUGGCCCCACCGUGCUGUGUGCCGUGUGUGAGCGCCCCCGGCUGGCCGGCCGGCCCUGCGCCCCCGACCCCCAGCAUCCCCCGGAUGGGCCCCCGGUGCCCAUGCAGGCCAAGGGGGCCCCAGGCUGGCAGUGCGAACACUGCACCUUCUGGAACCAGCUGCCUGGGCGGGUGUGUGAGGUUUGCAACAGGACCAGCCAGCUUGGGGGGCCCCCCCAGGAAGAGAAGGGACCCCGGCGUCCGGGCAAGCCCCACCCCCUCUCACCAGAGGAGGUGGAGCGUCGGCGGCAGGAGAAGCUGCGGGAGGAUGGGAUGAAGCUGGUGGCCAUGAUCCGGGAGGCGGAGCUGGUGGGCGUGGCCCCAGAGGAAGUAGGGGCGGCUCUGCGAUACUCAGGGACGGAGCUGCCCCUGCCCUGGCUGCGCUCGGAGCUGCCCGCGGUGCUGGACGCGGUGGUGGAACAGGCCACGGAGCGGGGGGCAGGUGCCGAGCUGGGUGCCAUCACACAGCAGGAGGCUCGUGCUGCCUGGACCCAGAGCCAGGGUGACCUGGAUGAGGCCGUGAGCCGCUGCCUGAGCACCCGGCGCAGCAAGGUACGGGCAGGGCCAGGGGACAGGGAUUGUGGGGGGAGAGGCUUGGUGUACCUGCAGGAGAACGGAAUCGCCUGCCCCAAGUGCAAGUUCCCCUACGCGCUGGCCCGGGGGGGCUGCAUGCACUUCCAGUGUUCCCAGUGCAGGCACCACUUCUGCAGCGGCUGCUAUGGGGCCUUCUACACCAAGAACAAAUGCCCAGUGCCCUCGUGCCCAGUUCGCCAGUCCCUGCACGGGCACCACCCCCGCGACUGCCUCUUCUACCUGCGUGACUGGGACGUGGGGCGGCUGCAGCGCCUCCUGCAGGUCGGGGGGCGCGGGGGGAUCCUGGGGAUGGGCCCUGAGGGGCAUUGGGGAGACAGG